AUGCUGUCCAACUUGAACAAUACUGCGGUGCCUUGGUUAGGCAACCACUCACCGUUGGAGCACUUUACAGGGCUAGAACGCCCGACCCCACUGGACAAAUUCUACCUACCAGAGAGUCGUCGGUUGCAGACGAUUCCUACGAGUGCUGAGAUGGAUGGAUAUCUGUCGGAGCUUCGCGGCAGUAUCCAGUCGAUGCACUGUGCGGCGGACGACCAGCGGCAGAAGCAGAGACUCCUGAACAAGAAGCGUGAGCGCGGUCCAGAGUGGACGAGAAGCAUGGCAACAAGUUACAGGUAA